AUGGCAAACAAUGACCUUGAAAUUCGAUGCCCCGAUAGCGCUUCAGGAAAUACGGAAGGAUUUUCUGGGUAUCAGUGGAAUUAUUAUUCUUCUCUUGAACACGGUCCCCUUCGUUCACGGGCCGACUCAUUCCUAGCAUCCGUGAAUUGGGCUGCGCUUCUAGAAUACGCUGCUGAGAAAAACAAUGGCGUCAGUUGCAUGCUGCUUUCUGAUAUCGGCCUUGGGUACAACCACAUGGUUCGGAUAAUUCAAUUCUCAGAUGGGAACCAAUGGGUGGCACGGCUGCGGCUACCCCCUCUAGUAGAAAGCGAUACUUCCAAGGAUGCUUUGGAGACAACGGAGAUUCGCGAAUAUAGCACAAUUUGCUUCCUACGGCAGAGAACUCGCAUACCCACCCCAGAAAUUCAUGCAAUCGAAGAGAGAAGUGAUUGCAAGAUGAAACCUCCAUUCAUGUUGAUGGACUGUCUGCGGGGAAAUGUAGGCAUGGACUUGAGCAUGACUGUGCCGCCACAGUACAAGAAAGCCUUUUUACGUGAUUUAGCAAAGAUCCAUGUCCAAUUAUCCACGGUACUGCUACCCAAGAUCGGGACGAUUGUCUCCGUGAAUGCGGACGGCUCAUACCACCAAGGUCCUAUUCCGGGGCUAGGCGGCCCUUUUGACACAGCAACAGAGUUCUUCCAAGCGUGGGCAAAUAAGACCAAAUUUGGAAUGACGGAUGAGCAAUUACGAGAAGCAUGCGGCCCAUACGCUGCUGAAAUUAUUCCCUCAGUCUCGUCCUUUGCCAAGUCCAUUGGCGAACUGGCUGAUACAUUGUCUGUCCGCGACGAUGGCCCAUUUCCUCUUUGUCAUGGGGACUUUGGUCAUAAUAAUAUCAUUGUUGAUGAUCAAUAUCAUAUUUUAAGUGUGAUUGACUGGGAAAUGGCCUUCGCUGGUCCUUGGGAGAUAUUCGGAGAUUUCCCUUUGACCCUGUCAAUUAUUCCGCCCGCUAUUGAUGCUCCGUGGAACUAUAAUGAGGACGGUUCUCCCAAGAGCGCUGAUCUAGUUGAACAGUUUGCGGAUCAAAAAUGGUAUAUUGAAGCUGUGAAGCUGGAAGAGAAUAGGCAUCAAGGAAAUACCCAUUACCUCUCCGAGGCUCUGGAAAAUCCGAAGAGACAACAAUUGGCGACUGCCAUGAGGUUGUAUCAAGAUGGAAACAUUGGAACUUAUUCCAAGCUCAAAGAUAAGUUCAUGGCUCAAGCUUGA